AGCGGAAUCCAGCGUUAGCGCAGGUCCAACUGCUGGUUGAUUCAGUCCUCCGUAGCUCUGCCGACUGGAGGGAUGUGACCCCGGAAAGGGACGCCCUGCUCAUAAUAUAACAGCCCAUUCAAACAGAUUACACUCGAAAUUAAAGCUGGACCAGGAGGGAGCCACAGGAGCAGAGGGGAUGAACCGCGAGGAGGCGCCGGGGAAGUCUCCUGAAGACAUGUAUAUCCAACAGAAAGUGCGGGUCCUGCUCAUGCUUAAAAAAAUGGGUUCUAAUCUUACUCCAAGUGAGGAAGCUUUUCUCCGAAAUUACGCAGGCGUGGUCCACAGUCAGAUGAGCCAGUUACCACAACACAAUAUCGACCAGGGUCCAGAGGAUGUGGUGAUGUCAUUCACACGGUCAGAGACAGAGGACAGGCGACAGUGACCCAGGCCUCUGCCCCACCCCCCUCCACAUUAAAACCCUCCACCAUCCCAACAACAUUCAACUCCACAAACACAACACUGAUGAGCUCAGGAGAAAAGGGGCGAAGGAGGAGGAGACGCACUACACGCCGCCGGGCUCUCCACCCGUCCCCUAUCAUCCUGCCCCUUCCUCAUGUAGAGAUGGCACGACGUCACCUGAGAUGCGUUCAGGAGGGUCACUGUGGGCUGCAGCCUUGGCAAUAGGGCCCUCUGUGAAAACACACAUUGGAUAACUAUUUUGGGUUGUACUAUUAUUAUUAUUAUUUCAUUUAUGUUGUGAGGAAUACAAGUAACGUUCAGUUCAUGUCGAGAUGUCAGUGAAGCGUCAACAGCUGGCUCAGGGGAGAGAAAGCAAGUGUCCAGUCAAGAUGCAGGCAGGAUAAUUAAUCCAGUCUGAGAGUUGUUGAAAUUAUUUCUGCUUUUUAAAUGAGCUUUCCUUUACAGGCUGCAGGUAGUUUGGGGUUUUAGCUGUUGGGUGUUGCUUUGUUUUAGAGGGGGCCUCAUUCUUUAAAACCUUUUUGAAUGAGCAGCAGGUUCAGCUGUGUCUCAGGAUCCCCGGUGGGGUUCAGUGUUACUAUUUACUACUUUAUCAUCUCAUCGGACCACUCAUGAGGUGAAGUUGGCGUGUAAACAUUCAACUUUUCCAGGAAUAAAUAUUUUAAAAUGACUGCAUGGCUACAUGUAACCUCAUCAACGUUUGUAGACUCGGUGCUUCUGUUGGCGGGAAUUCAUUUUAAUUUAUUAUCUCUUUAUAUCAGGUUAUGGCCUUUUUUAUUGGCGACCCCUGACCUUCAUCUGCUCGAUCUGUAGGAUUCUUAACAAGGUAUCGACAGGCUAACAGAUCAGUAUCAGUCUUUCAUGUUUAGUUGAUGCUGAGGGGUAAUGAGUCUCCUGGAUCAGUUAUAAUGACCCCCGUUUGUUAUUCUGCUGCUGCUUUUAUUUUAUUACUCAGUGUUUUAUCAUGAUGAGGGAUUAAUCAGACACUACCAGACAUAAUGGAAUCAAACAGGAAACACAGGUGGAAACAUCCUUUGCUUUUGGGUUGUUUUGACUCAUUGCUGAUGUGUAAAACUUUAAUAUUAUUGUUGUUGUUUUGUUUUUUUAUUGUAGGUAUAGCUGGAAAAAGUGGGAAGAAUGAAUUUGUGCCAAUCAUGUUUUCUUAAAACAAGCUGUGGGUGUAAUUUAUCCUGUCCUGUAAUGACAGAAUUGUGAUUUCGUCAAAUCAGGAGCCGCCCCUUUAACGUUAACCAGCAAACAGUGGCUCUUUGUUCACACUAAAUUCACGCAAACUCUAACUUUUUAACGAUCGAAUCCAACCCACAACGCCAAACAUCAAACCGUGUGCUGUUUUUAACCGUACUGUUAUCUCUUGCACUAUUAUCAGCGGGAUAUGUUUUAAAGAAAAAAAAAAACAUUUUAAUAUCUAGCACAAAGAUUAUUUGUCUGAUUCACUGCGGGGUGAGAAAUAAGUUUGUAAAUGUGUUUUUAUUUCUUUGUCAUUUAAAGAAAAAAAAAAACAAUUAAAAUCUUUAAUUGAUGCAGCUGGACUUUGAUGAGU